GCCUGUAUUCCACUGCUAUCUCACCAUUUCCAUACAAGCAACCAUUGAGAACGCGCCGCAGCGAUUGUUUCCUUUUCCGCUCGGGUCGCCGCCGCUCUUAAAAUCAUGCACAAUUUCCCCCAACCCGGGGCGGCAUUGGGUUUUCGCCUUUCAGGUUGAGCUCCACAACCCCUUCUCAGCCGUAUCCACCGCCAUGAAUUGCUGUGAAAAUGCCGUGGGUCGGGUCGUCUGCCCCAUGCCCCGCCGCCCCAAUGCCCACUCCACUCAUACCCUCGUUUUCCCGAUGAGUAAUUCCAGUGAGGGGAUUGAUUCGAAAACCGACGCCAGUCUUGUUGAUCUCAUUCUGAAGAAGGACAGUCUAGUUGCAAUGCAGUCAAUAUCCCAAUUGUCAUCAUCACCCCCGUUCUUCUCUGGAUCACCACCCUGCAGGACAAAUAACCCUGUAAUCCAUGAUACUUGCUUCAGAAACGAGAAACGAGUGGGUACACCAGUACCACAAAGUCCGCCCCUUUCUGGUAUAAUAUCCUCUCCAUCAUCAUCAGCUCGUAAAGCAGCAUGCACAAGGGCAAUGCUUGGCCAACAACAAUCACCGGUUAGAGUAGAAGGCUUCGACUGCCAAAAUUCUCGCCUGGCAGGUAUAGCUUAGAUUUCAGUGGUUGUUAGUGCAUCAGAAUUAAAUCCCAAAUUUUGGUGUAUAUAAUCAUUGUAAUUUUCAUUUAUAAACAAGUAGUGUGUAUAUAUAUCUUCUGUGGAUGAAGAAAGUGAUAUUUUGAUUAUUUUUCUCCGAACUAGAAAAUGUGGAGAUAUUGAAGGAAGAAGAAUAUUGAGCAUGCAAUUCAAUAAA